CCCACUCCAGUGGCCUGGCACGCCGAUCCCGAUGGACGCUGACCACAGCCACGGCCAGCCGCCGCCGCCGCCGCCGUCCUCGACGGAAAUCCUGAUGGCCGCGCUCCUCAACGUUCCAGCCGUGCAGCUCCCGGGCCUCGCGCGGGCGCUGGCCGCCGACGCGCGGCGGCUGCAAUCCCGCCUCGCGUUCCUCCUCCUCUCCCCGCCGCACUUCACGCGCGCGCUCGCGCGGCUCCGCUCGAUGCCUCUCCCCGCCAAGGCCGCGCUGCUGGGCCGCGCGCUCCUCCGCUCCCUCCUCCUGCUCCUCCCGGUGCUCUGCCCCGACGGCGGCAGCGGCCGGCGGCUCCACCCACCACCACCACCUCCUCCUCCAGCCGCCCGACCUCGACGCCGCGCUCCUCCUCCUCGCCAUGUGCGACUCCUACUCCCCCGCGGCGCCGCCCCUUCCCCGGUCGACUGGCGCGCGGUGAUCGUGGACGGCGUGGUGGCGUCCGCGCUCUCCGUCUCAGGCCUCGGCGGCACGCCCUGGGCCGCACUCGGCCCCUACGUGGACGCGGCUGCCAAGUGCCGCCGGUUCGCGGACGCCGUCGCCGCGGUGGCUGGCGACGGUGGGACGAAGGACGGCGAGGGGAGCGGGGCCGCGUCGUACGCCGCCGUGCUGGCGCUGAUUCCCGUGGCGGUGGACGGCGCGCCGUGCGCCAUCUGCCGGGAGGAGAUGGCUGCUGGCGGACGCGGCGUGUGCGGGCUCAGGCCGUGCGGGCACCAGUUCCACUGGCGCUGCGCUCUGCGCUGGCUGGCCCGGCGCAACACCUGCCCGUGCUGCCGCGCCGAGCUGCCCGCCGAGGACCCGCUCAAGGAGACGCGGCGGCUGUGGCGGAGCGUGGAGAGGAUGGCGCGCGGCGGGUGACGCGUACAGUGUACAUACAUGGCCCAUGGGAUGGGACGGACGCGCUUGGUUGCUUUCGUCUGUCGCGGUACGUGGUUUCAAGUACUAGUGUCAGAUUCUGGGACGAUGGUGAUCGGCGAUGGCUCUCCCAGCAAAAAGAAAAAAAAGAAAAGAAAUAAACGCUGGAAGCUGCGAGUGGAGCAUACCGAAUGAUGGAUGUGUAAUUAUUUCGUGAGACAAACAAACUGUGACGAACAUGCUUGACAUGGCCGCUUGCUACUUGUUGGCCAAUUACUUACCCGAAUAUAUAUCGUAAGUUAGUUUAUUUUUAAACUAAAAUGUGAAGUAUAUUGUAACAUUAUUCAUCAGAACUGAGGUGAAUGAUUUGGUUGCCUUUUUUAAGGACAAUGAUUAUUCGGUUAGUUUUGUA